AUGUUUGAUUUAAAUACCUGUAUUCGUAAAAACAUUUUGGACUUACAGCCUUAUCGCUGUGCUAGAGAAGGUAUUCUUUUAGAUGCUAAUGAAUGCUCUUUCGGUUCAGUUCUCAACGAUGCUGGCGUUGAGUAUAAUCGAUAUCCCGACCCUAGACAGAAUGAAAUCAAACAAAGGUUUUGUGAAUUAAGGAAUAAGGAGCAUCCUUAUGCGAAACCGUUAAAGCCCGAAAAUAUGGUCGUUGGUGUUGGCAGUGAUGAGAUUAUUGAUUCCUUGAUCCGCAUUUCUUGCAUUCCUGGUAAAGACAAAAUUUUGGCUUGCCCUCCUUCAUACGGCAUGUAUCCUGUCUCUGCUAAGGUCAAUGACAUUCAGGUCGUCAAUGUUUUGCUUAAACCCGAUUUUGAUUUGGAUAUCGACGCAGUCUACGAUACCCUUUCUAAGGACAACUCUAUCAAGGUGGUUUUUGCUUGCUCUCCCGGUAAUCCCACGGCUAAAACUCUCAACCUUAACAGCAUUAAAAAGCUAUUGGCUCAUCCAACUUGGAACGGUAUCAUUGUUAUGGACGAAGCCUAUAUUGAUUUCGCUUCUCCUGAAAAGACUGCCGUUUCUCUAGUCAAUGAUUACCCCAACUUAGCAGUCUGUCAAACUCUCUCUAAGUCUUUUGGUCUCGCUGGUAUUCGCAUUGGAUUUUGCCUAACCAGUCCUGAAAUUGCAACAAUCAUGAACUCGUUAAAAGCCCCAUAUAAUAUCAGUGAACCAACUUCUCGUUUGGCUAUUAAGGCUUUGUCUCCCGAAUCUGUUUCCAAAAUGUAUGAGCAUCGUGAUAGAGCUCUUGCUCAACGCGACCGACUUUGUAAAGAAGUCACUGCUAUCCCCGGUGUAGGCAAAAUCAUUGGUGGCUUCGAUGCAAAUUUCAUACUCGUUCAAGUUUUGUCUAACCCCGUGAAUGGUGUUCCUAGCAAUGAGGUUGCGAAGUUCGUUUAUUUGAAAAUGGCUACCGAUUACAAGAUCGUCGUCCGUUUUCGUGGUAAUGAACCCAUGUGUGAGGGUUCAUUGCGUAUGACCAUCGGCACUGAAAGUGAAGUGUCAGCUUUACUCAGAACUUUCAGGCAUACAUUGGAGGAGUAUUAUGCAAAAAACUGA